AUGGCUGAGCAGGUCAAGUCCUUCCCUGAGGCCGAAGUGGCCGGCAUCGAGGAUCAAAAGACGACGGCCGUGGACGUGGACCACCAACUGGAGCACGCCCUGACUGUCAAGUUGGUCUUGAAGCAUCAUCCUGCCCUCGUGUGGUGGUGCUUCUUCUGGGCCAUGGCAGGCGUUGGCUGGGGCUUCGACGCUCAGAUCAACGGUGCCGUGCUCUCCGUCGCCUCCUUCCGCCGCGACUAUGGCUACAUGCUCAACAGCGAGGCUGUCCUGCCCGCCGACUGGCAAGUCGCCUUCAACACGUGCAGCAGCAUUGGCCAGUUCUUUGGCGGCUUCCUCUACUCCUACGUGGCCGACCGCAUCGGCCGCAAGAACAGCAUGUACAUUGGCGUCCUCAUCGUGACGGGCGGCAUCCUCGGCGAGAUCUUCUCCCGCGCCAACGCGGCCUUUGUCGUGUCUAAGCUAAUCCUCGGCUUCGGGCUAGGGUUCUACCUGACGCUGGGACCGCUGUGCACAUCCGAGAUCGCGCCCGUCGUGCUCAGGGGCAUGGCCACCGCGGGCGUCAACCUGGGCGUCACCCUCGGCCAGCUCCUCUCCAACGCCGUCACCAAGGCCCUUGGCGAGCGCGAGGACCGCUGGGCGUAUGCUGGACCCUUUGCCACCCAGCUCUUCUUCUGCCUCUUCCUGGGCGCACUGCGGCCCCUGGCCCCCGAGACACCGUGGUACCUCGACCGCAACGGCCGACGCGACGAGGCGAUGCGAUCGAUCCGAAAGCUGGAGGAGAUCUCGUCCUCCUCGGAGCAGGGGAGCAUCGUGAAAUGCUUCAAGGGCACCGACCGCGUGCGCACCAUGAUCAGCACCGGCGUCUUCUUCUGCCAGCACUUUGUCGGCAUCGUCUUCGUCCUCGGCUACUCGACGUACUUCUUCCAGCUGGCUGGCCUGCCUACGGCCUGUAGCUUCGACCUGGCCGUCGGCGUCACCGCCUGCGGCGUGGUCGGCAACAUCUGCUCCUGGUUCGUCGUCAACUCGUUCGGUCGACGAAAGAUCUUUCUGUCGGGCAUGGUCACCCUCACGAGCCUGCUGCUCCUGAUCGGUAUCAUGGACCUCGUGCCCACGAGUGCCGCGCAGUGGGUACAGGCUGCGCUCACGGUGAUCUGGGCCUUCUGCUACUUUGCCACCAUUGGGGCCAUGGCCUUUGCCAUCCUGGGCGAGGCCAGCAGCACGGCGCUCCGGGCGCCCACCAUGGCCCUGGCGGUGAACCUCAUCGUCCCCUACAUGGUCAACCUGGACCAGGGCAACCUGCAGGGCAAGGUUGGCUUUGUGUUUGGUGGCCUGGGAGUGCUGGCGACAGUCUGGGCCUGGUUCUACGUGCCCGAGCUCAAGGGGAGGACAUUUGAUGAGAUUGACACCAUGUUCCAGGCCAGGGUUCCUCCCCACAAGAUGGGAUCAUACGUUCUCCACGGCGUCUAG